AUGAGGACUCUAGUGUUCCUGACUUUGGUGGUAGCGAGCGCCUAUGGAUGUGGCGUUCCCACCUUCCCCCCCGUGGUGAGCCGGGUGGUCUCUGGAGAGGACGUCCGGCCCCACAGCUGGCCCUGGCAGAUUUCUGUCCAGUCCGACAGCAGUGGGCGCUGGAGGCAUGUCUGUGGAGGAACCCUGAUCUCCUCCACCUGGGUCCUGACGGCUGCACACUGCAUCAAUGACCGCUACAACUACAGAGUGGAGCUGGGAAAACACAGCCUGAAAACCAGCGAGGAGGGUUCGAUUGCUCUGAGGGCAGAUCAGAUCAUCACUCAUGACAAGUACAACACACUGCUGAGCCGUAACGACAUCGCCAUGAUCAAACUGCCCUCCCCUGUCUCCUUUUCUGACACCAUCGCACCCGCCUGCCUCCCAGACCGAGGCGUGGUCCUGCCUCACGGCGCUUCCUGCUUCGUCACCGGCUGGGGUCGACUGUCCACCAGCGGUCCUCUGGCUGACAUCCUGCAGCAGGCCCUCCUACCAGUCGUCGGCCAUGAAACCUGCUCUCAGCCCGACUGGUGGAGCGUCCUGGCAACAGACGACAUGGUCUGUGCUGGAGGAGAUGGCAUCACAGCUGGCUGUAAUGGAGACUCUGGCGGACCCCUCAACUGCCAAAACCCCGAUGGCUCCUGGGAAGUCCAUGGCGUGGUCAGUUUUGGAUCCGGUCAGGGUUGUAACGUUUUCCAGAAGCCAACCGUCUUCACUAAAGUCAGCUCCUACAUCAGCUGGAUCAACACAGUGAGCGGCACUUUCAUUUGUGAUUACACGGCCAGGAUACACCAGCAGAGGCGAACAAAAGCCUAG